GAGGGGUGAAGCAGAGCCGGGAGUAUAAAACCACACCCCCUUGGGGGACUGUGGCAGACUGAUACUUGGGACACCCAAUGGAAGACUGUGAGGUCAGAGGCGGGGCUAGCUCCAGCGGGGGGGCCCCAGGAGCCCCAACAGCAGUUCAGAGCAUGCGGUGUCCAGGAGGAAGCUACAACCGGCUUGAGAAUAUGCUGUUCCUCCCUCUCCUUUCUGCCACAGACCCCACACUGUGGCCUUUCUCUCAGAACCUCUGAGAUUGGUACCCAGGCAAGGCACAAUGCCCCUGUCCCCAACAAGACUGCCUAGCCCCUAUGGCUCUGAUCGCCUGGUACGGCUAGCAGCCAGGCUCCGGCCAGCACUAUGUGAUACCCUGAUCACCGUGGGGAGCCAGGAGUUCCCUGCCCACAGCCUGGUGCUGGCAGGUGCAAGCCAGCAGCUGGGCCGCAGGGGCCGCUGGGCUCUGGUGAAAGGCAUCAGCCCUUCCACCUUUGCCCAGCUUCUAUACUUUGUUUAUGGAGAGAGCGUAGAGCUUCAGCCUGGGGAACUGGAACCCCUUGAGGAGGCGGCCAGGGCCUUGGGGGUACAGUCCCUGGAAGAGGCGUGCAGAAGGGUUCGAAGGGACAGGGCUAGAGAAGAGCUGGGUCCGGGACUGAAGGAACAUCAGGAGGAGCCAGAGAAACCCACAAAGGGUUCUGAGAGAGGAGUAGGGGCCCUUGGAGAGAAGCAGAGACCAGAGAAAUUUGUUAGAGCUGGUGGGCGAGAACAGGAAACACUGCAGAAGCACAGGCCACCAAGAGAGAGCCCUGAGAUGGCAGAGGCAACGAGGGAGGGCCAGGGAGUGCAGAUGAGAUUCAAGGAGAAACUCAACCAAUUCCCUGUUGGCCAUGGGGGAGUAGAUGGGAAGCAAGAAGUGAUCAUGUGGGUGAGGGAGACUCCAGGGGGCUCUGAGGAAAGUCUGCAGGAGUUCCCUGGCCCCCUUCCCCCACCUGCUUCCCUCCAAACCAGCGUCACCCCUAGGCCCUGGUGGGCUGAGGCCCCUUGGUUAGGGGAGGGGCAGCCUGCCCUAUGGAGCAUCCUGCUGUUGCCGCCCAGAUAUGGCACCCCCUUCCCCCAUAGCACCCCCAUCACUGGAACCUGGCAGGAGGUCUGGCCUCAGGACGAGAGGAAGAGAUUGGCCACAAUCCCAGAUUUUGCCAAGGCUGUAACUCUUCCCCACCCCACCCCCAGGAUGCCACUGUCCCUAAACCUCCACAAAGGGCUCUGGAGCCAGAACCAAGUGGCCUCCUCCAGCCCAACCCCAGGUUCCCUCCACCAGGGCCCCGCACAGCUCAGCCCUGUGGAGAUGGAAGAGUCUGAUCAGAGGCACACAGGUGCACUUGCAACUUGUGUGGGUCAUAUGGGCACUGCAGGCCGCCCAUCUUGCCAGCACCCCCCCCUGCCCCCUCCUGCUCGGUCCAGGCCCUAUUCUUGUUCUGUCUGUGGAAAGAGGUUUUCACUCAAGCAUCAGAUGGAGACGCACUACCGAGUCCACACAGGAGAGAAGCCCUUCUCCUGUAGCCUCUGUCCCCAGCGCUCCCGGGACUUCUCGGCCAUGACCAAGCACCUGCGGACGCACGGGGCGGCACCCUACCGCUGCCCUCUGUGCCAGGCCGGCUGCCCCAGCCUGGCUUCCAUGCAGGCGCACAUGCGCGGCCACUCGCCCAGUCAGCUCCCGCCCGGAUGGACCAUUCGCUCCACCUUCCUCUACUCCUCCUCCUCCUCCUCCUCCUCGAGGCCGUCCCGGGCCUCGACCUCUCCCUGUAGGCCUCCUUCCUCCACCACCUGACGGGGUGUCGGUAGCUUCUUUGGCUUCAGCCAAGAGUACAAUUAAAGAACGAAAGACGGGC